CUCUCAAACCUCGGCAAGCCUUCGCCUGUCUCCUCUCACGACCCGUCCGCUACACCCAUAAUUCCCCGCGCCAAGACAAGAUGGAAGAAAGCAGCCACCGCCGGAGAACAAUGUUUUGGCAAUAAAAACCCCAAAAGCGGCGAAUACAGAGCGCAUACAGGCACGUUUGAAACCAUCUGCGGUCAUGUGUAGGAUAUUCUUCUCCUGCAUUCCUCUUUAGAUUUACCGCCCUCCUUCUUCCCUGCACACGCAAAACAACCACCAUGAGUAUUAUCCAGGACAAAUUAGGCAAUGAGUUUUUGCGCAGUGGUGGCAUGGACCCCAACUUUGCCCCAGGUAUGCUCAUGUUUAGCCACCUGCCCCCUGUCACCAGCUUCACACGGCUGGCCUCCCAGUCAGUUAUGGGCGAGCUUCCCCAGGAAAUGAUCCUCAAGAAAGAGCCUGACACACCCCCAGACAACCAGGGUGCUACAACUGUGAACACGGGCGGCUUCCUCCAUAGCAUGGGCAUUAAACAGGAGAGGCCAAGUGAGCUGGACUACCGCAUGCCCCUCUAUAGCGGUGGUGUCGGGAUGAACUGUGUUGGAGGGGGCGCGGGGAAGAGUGGCAACGACAUGCAGGACAUGUCUUUUGGCAACCACCACCAAAAUCACCAGAACAUGCUGCUCCAUGACCUCAGCCUCAGCAAUGUUCGCUCCCUUGGAGAGCAGAUGCCUGGAAGACCUGGUAAAGAGCCAAAAGAGUCCUCAGGUAGAAGAGGGCGGAGAAGCAACGGGGACGGGCAGGGAGGGAAAGCAAGAAGAAAACGCAACGAUGCUUCAAAGGGCAUGAUGAUGGAUGCGGAGGGAGCCUGCCUAUCUCCCAACUCGAAACCACAUAUCUGUGUGCACUGUAAUGCUGCCUUCCGCAGCUCCUACCACUUGCGCAGACAUGUGCUCAUACACACAGGUGAGAGGCCUUUCCGGUGCAGUCAGUGUAACAUGAGCUUCAUACAGAAGUACCUGCUCCAGCGGCACGAGAAGAUCCACAGUGGAGAGAAGCCUUUUAGCUGUGACCAGUGCAACAUGCGUUUUAUACAGAAGUACCAUAUGGAGCGACACAAGAGGACACACAGUGGCGAGAAGCCAUAUCGCUGCGAUACCUGCCAACAAUUUUUCUCAAGAACAGACCGGUUACUGAAGCACAAACGAACUUGUGGAGAAGCCAUAAAGAAGGGCCUGGAUCCAAGCAUGCUGGAACUCAGCGAGGCAGAGCUAGGCCAUGGCAGCUAUUCACUCACUCAGGGAAACUCUACCACCUCCGGACGCAAGAGGGCCAAGUCCAAAAAUGGCGAGGGCGGCGAGCGCAAGAGGAAGAAAAAUGCCUCAGCAUCAAUGGCAUCAGCCUCAGGGGGGAUGGCCCGAGACCUGGGCCUGCAGGACUAUGGCAUGGAGCACCCCUCGGGCUCAGGCCCCAACAUGCAGGGACGCACUCCCAAAUUGGUCUUUAAAAAAGCUGGCCGUAAAGGCCUAGACAAGGGCCUUCUCUCUCUGGAGGACGGUGCAGAUGGACAAAAACAGUUGGGACAAAAGUCGGGCAACAUGGAUCACGUGGAGGGUUCUGGCCUUGAUAACAUGGGUCUACUCCAGGGAGCUGUGGGCAACAAGCAGGGGCCCACUACCACCAGCAACUACGAUGAUGCAAUGCAGUUUGUGAAAAAGCGGCGCUACCUCCAUGCAGUUAACAAUGACUAUGGAGCCAGCUCGCUGCACAUGGCGCCCCAGGGCAGUAGUGUAAUCCAGGGCUCCCUGGGGCCUGAACCCACUCUGGCCAUGCUGGACUCCUCGCCUCUGGAACUCAAGCACGACAAGUCGGGCAUUCCAGAUGAGGUUCUGCAGAGCCUGUUAGACCAUUAUAGCCAUAAACCAGAGGUGUCACACCACCACGAUGUGACUUUUGACCUGUCGGACCACCCACACCAUGUGGACCUGCAGCCGGCAGCCCCUGUGACCCCUGAGCUGGAGGAUGACUCGCCCAAUGGUGGGGACAAAACAGCAGUGAUGAGCGAGUACUCAAAGUUCCUCCUGCAAGCCCUGGAGCGCACCAGCCAUAGUGGGCCCUUUCCCAGCCUUGGCCCCACAGGGCCUUUCCCACUCCUGUCCAGCAGCUCCAGUCCCACAGGACCCCUGUUCUCCGACAAACACGUAUACACCACAUCCCCACUGGAUUGUGGCUAUCCGCCUGCUGUGUCCUCCCCACUGCCCAUUGUCACCCCUUCAUCCACCUCCUCUUCGUCUUCCUCCAAGUCCCAUUACGGCAUGCUUGUCGGCUCCCCCUCCCAGGCAGGCUACCACAUUAGCCUGGAACCUACAAGCCACCAGCAGCUGACUCCAUCUCAGGAGCUGACUGAGCAGUUGGAGAAGCAGCACUCUCCUGGCACCUUCAACCUACCUCCCCAGGACCUGACUACCCAGGCAGAGGGCUCCAAGGGGCAGCAGCCCAAAGUCGCAGGGAGCGCUGCACCUACCAACGGCUCCAGCUACCCAGACCUGUCCCCGCUGAACCCGCCUAAAGAAACAACGUAUCAGAUCGAGAACUUCGCCCAGGCCUUUGGCUCCCAGUUCAAGUCCGGGCGGCAGACCCCUCUGGGCUACGGAAGCGAUCCUGGGACAGAGGUCGACCACCGAAUACGGACUCCAGUGUCAGAAUUCUCAGGUAUACCAGUUUGUUAGCUGACGUCAGUGAGCCAGUGAGUACAGGAUCAAAACCCCGACAAGCCAAAGUUUCAGAUAAGGGUCAAACGAGGUGAAUCCAGUAGGGGCUGUUCUGUUGCUGUCCAUGCGGUCCCUGUACCCAUCCUAAUUUUGUUCUUGUAGCAAAGUUUUUUAAACACUGCCAUUAAUGUUAAUACAAAAACGACCAGGGAGGGUCUUCCAUGGCCUCAAAUGCAAUUUUUUAAAUAUUCUCAUUUUUAUUAUGUAUUUAGUCGCUCAAAUUUUGUUUACGAGUAGUGUUUUUGAUAUGAACGUACCGUAGAUUUAAAUGUAAUUUAAAACAUUUAGAGGGUAGCUAUAAACUUGCUUGAUUUUUUUUUUUCUUUAUCUGAACUAUUGUGUUUUACCAAUCAUCAUACCAUUGUAAAGUAAUAAUGAAUAAUGUUGAUGAUUUCAAUAAUAAUAACAUUGUGGCAGGGAAAGGCCCAGAAUUCAAAUGGCAAAAAAAGUAUAUAUUGUCUGUUACAAGAAGCGUAUUAACUCAGGAAAAUAGGCAAAAUUGUGUGAUGAGACUUUGUAUUAUGAGAUGCAAUUAGCACAAUUUUUACAGGUGUACUUUGAGACUACAAAGCUUUGAUUUUCUUAUCUGUGUUUUGUUUCUUUUAAACUAGUCAGAACAACAACAAAAAAAAUUCAAUACACGACCAUGUUCGGUUUCUACUGCAUUUAGCUUUUUUGAGAUUAUGGUACUGUUGUGUCAAUGUGAGGACAUCCACACUUCUUUUGAGAGCCGCAUUUCCUACACGAGGUAGUAUAAAAUUGUAGUGGAGUUCAGGCCAUGACAUGCUAACAUGCUCAUAAGUGAAGAAGGUGUUCAAACAUGACUGUCGGUAUAAAGUGUCAGAUGAGGAUGCCUGUUGAACCACCUGUGGCCAGUAAACAAAAGACACAGCUUAGGUUAAGUUAAAUCUCAUUGCUGUCACAGCUUUCUGUAAAUGAAAUCUGGAGUUGUUGUUUUUUUUUUUUAAAUCAUUCUAUUGCUGAAACGAUUUUUUUCAUUUUUAAAAAAGUCACCACUUUUCUACUCCACGCCUUGCUGUUCCUUUUUUUUAUGUCAGUGGAAUCAAACAAGCACUUUUUUAAACAAAUCAACAUUGUCAACAACAACCCAUUCAGUUUGCAUCUAUGAUCCGUGAAUAUUAUGCUUAUGGUUAAUAAUAUUAUUUUGAGAGGAGAAAACUGUGAAAAGGGGAUGGGAGGGGAGGGGGGAUUGGAUGGGUAUUGGGUGGGAGGGUGGGAGGAAGGGAGGAAGGGGUGGGCUGGAUUAUUGUUAAAUGGGCUUUGCAAAGGGUUGACUAGGCAUGACCAUGGGCAUCUAAAUGUAUUUUGUUGCUUAUUCUCAAGGGUAGAAGAGGGGGGUGGGGUCUGGGUUAUUCUUUUCUUUUCUUUUCUACAGUUUGUCGGGUGAUGUAAAAAGAUGAUUUGCCAUAAUUUUGUUAUACAAUAUUUUGAGAGUACCUCUUUGUAUUUAAGUGUUUUUGAGAGACGGGCUGACAUGCUGGAACCCUUAUAUCUUUAGACCCCCUGGGUAUGUUGAAUGCAUACCUAAACCCUUUUAUUUAUUCUCCACUAGACACAAUAGAACUCUGUAGCAGACAUUUUGUUGGCAAGUAAUCACCGGACCUACAUCCCUAUCUUCUCCCUCUACUGUUUUUUAAAUGAUUUUUUAAAUCCCACUGUUAGUUGUAGUCGCAAAAAACUGCUUCAAUUACACAGUUACAAAAAAACAGAAUCCAAGUUUAGUUAGACUCACAGCCCCUUCCCAAAAUGCAGCCCUGCACUCACAAAAAUAAACAAUGGCCUUCUUUGUCUUCCGUGGCUAAAGCCAUUCUAUCCUGGCAGCCAGGGUUGAUAUUUAAUUUAGUUGAUUUCCUGUGAGCCGAACCCCCCCCACCUCAACCCCCACCCCUUCCACUUUCCUUUUCCUAUGUCUGUGAGCUCCACAGCCAAGAGACUUUGAAGCUGCUCAGAUCACAGGGAACAAAGACUGACUGACCAGCCACCUCACUCCAAACACACACUAUGCUUUUAAAGGAGAGAAAACAAGCGGGUGAGAGUUGUUAGAAGAAAAAAUGACAAUAAGAUUGACCUAAAUAUACCUCAUAUCACUAAAGCGUAAGAAAGCAGGGACACGCGUUUCAUGUAUGUAGUGGAAAUAUUUGUAGUAUAGGUUCGACAUAAUGUAUAAUCAUGUAACACUGCCUGUGUUUACAAUUAUAGAGCAAGUGACUCGUCAAAAUGCAAAUGUAUUUCGUUCUUUUUCUGUAAAAACAUCCACGCCAAGCAGUGUUGCAUUCUAGAUGCCUCAUAGAACAUUCAUUUUUCUCAUGUUAUAUCCCUUAUUUUUGUUACUUGCCAUAACGUGUUUUGAUAUGAUCUCUAGAAGGACAUUGUUUACAAAAAUGUACAAAAACACUAAAAAUGUGUGUUCUCAAUUUUUUUUUGAGUUUUUCUCCAGUAUGCAUGAUAAAGACAUUUUUGUAUGGCUUUUUUUCUGACUGUCAACUCAAUACCAAAUUUUGUAGCAGAAGCCUCCCCAUUCCUUUGUCUUAUUUGUUCUAGACCCCUUGUGAUAUGAUUUCCCAGGCUGUACCUGUUAUUGAGAUGAUGAACGGAUUAGAAAAGCCAAUAAAAACUUUUUGUUACAAAAAUA